CCCGGAUAGAGUUGGUGAGGAGACGGAAGUGGGUCGAUUUGUGACUCGUCAGCCGGCGGAGGCCGCGGAAACAGAGAGAACGGAAGCGAUGGAUUGAAGCAGGGAGGGGGACCGAGCGCCGCGGCGGCCCCUUCCCAUCCUCUCCCCGGCCACGGCAGCGUUUCCUUUCCUGACAAUGAUAAAGUAGAUUAUGGAGAAUGAUGAACUUUCGCCAGCGAAUGGGUUGGAUUGGAGUAGGAUUAUAUCUUCUAGCAAGUGCUGCAGCCAUUUAUUAUGUAUUUGAAAUAAAUGAAACUUACAACCAACUGGCUUUAGAGCAUAUUCAACGGAACUCUGAGGACCUGGGCAAUGGAGCCUCUUGGACACAGACAGUAACAGCGCGCUUGUUUUCACUCCCAUUCUGGCUGUGGGGUUUCCUGUUUCUGAUUCCAUACCUGCAAAUCUUCUUAUUCCUUUACUCAUGUACACGAGCCAAUCCCAAAACAGUUGGUUACUGUAUUUUCCCAAUCUACAUGGCUGUUGUUUGCAAUCGCCACCAAGCUUUUGUCAAAGCCUCCAAUCAAAUCAACAGAUUGAAAAUAAUUGACACAUGAAUGGACCGAUCACUUUAGGUUAUGAUAAGUUAACACCAAAUCAAGUUUCAGAGCAUGGAUGCUUAGUGUGAUGUAAUCUGUAAUGAAAUGUCUGGCUGCACCAAAUUUCAUUACUGUGGUUUUAAAAAUUAUGUUAUUUGGGAUAGUACAAAUCCUGCAGACAUUGUUUGGAUUUUGUUCAUAUUUACGAGUCCAUCACCAUGAAUCACUCCAGUAACUCCAUUCAGUGUGCACGUUUCAGGAAUUUUCAUUAUUUUCCAAUGGGAAUUCUCAGCUCUUUAAGGCUAUUUUGGUGGGAAGGGUUUUGUUUCAUCCUGAUGUUUUAAACCUAUAUUUUUGUCUUUUGCACUUCAGUUUUUAACUGUAACUUAAAACAAGGUACAGUAAAUGUUUUUUUUCUACUUCUAGCAAAAUGUUUAUUUUGGUUAAUUCAAACAACACUGAUUACAUUCACACCAAUCAUUUUUGGAAGUGGUGUGUUUUCAAAAUGGCCUUGUGAAUAAAGAUUAUUUGACCAUCUACUAAUGUCAUUUCCUUUUUUGUUUGCACAAAACUUUAACCUGUGUUCACUUCAGUUCCCUUGCCUGUAGGAAGCAAAGGAAGAUAAUUCACUGUAAAUUCAUGUAUUCUAUUAAUAAAGGGCUAACCCUAUAACUAAAGUCAUUUUAGAUAAACCGAAAGAGCUGGUAAUUUUUUUUUAAAAAUUGUAAAAUCAUCAGGUUUUGAACAAAAUAUGUAACCUAGUUCACUAGCUGUUACAGGCCAAUUGUAUUUGGGUGAUUAAUGUAUCAAUGAGAGUCUUGAUUAUUGGCAAUGUAGGGAAGGGAUCACUUAUUUUCCGUUUGGUUAAUUUUUAAAUAUAAAUUUAAACAGUACUGGACUCUACAUUACGAUCAUGGUCGAACUAAGAUUAAUCUGUACUAAGUUAGGAGCUAUUUAUCAUGGAUUGUAAGUUGCUCAAAAAUAUUUGAAGGACAAACUGUAUUUUAAAUUACAAUCAUAAGUCCUUCACAAAAACACUGAUGAACAAAAAUCAGCUUAUUGUCUGAUGCAGACAAAGUAUCAGUUGCAGAUUGUAGUGAAAAGUGUACCGAAUGAUACUGCCUCUCUCAAUGCUUUUCUACAAAUUCUAAUGCAAAUUGUUUUUAUAUUUUUAGUGAAGAGCACUUCAGUGAUCAUACCACAAGGAAAGGUCUUUUUAAAAAAAGUAAUUUUAUAUAUAUCUUGAUUUGCAACUUAUUAACUUAUGCCUGGAAAUUUCAGCUGCUUUUAGGAUAAAUUAAAUUCCUUGCAACAUUCAUCUCACUUCCUGUUGUAACUUUAUUAUUGGAAAUGGAAGAGAAAAAGACAACUGCCACAAACUUAACCUGACACAAUUAUAUCAAAUGUAUGAAAGAAGCAUGGCUGAGCCCAAAUAGUGCUGAACAACCAAGAUAGGACUAGCAUGCAUCUAUUGUUGCCUCUUUGUCACUAGCCCCUCUCCUGCCUUCAUUUGAAUGUUGAAAACUACAUUUUGGGAAAUCACCUGUAUUUGUUGCACAAUUUGGCCAAAUAGGGAUUUAUUUAAAGUGUCUAAGUUCCAAAGUGAUUGAUCAUAUAUGCUUAGAAAUACUUCUGUAACAAUGUCAUCAAGUGCUGCUCAAAUGCUGAUCUGACUGUAUAAAAUGAAUAGCUGAGGAAUGAAGGGUUGUUGAUGUGAGCUGAGGCAGCUAUUGCUUCGUUCUCUCCUACCUGGGGUACAAAUUUGGAACGUUCAUCCAUCUGAACGGAAACAGCAGACGGUGGAGGGGAUGUUUUUAUUCAUGUGUGGCUGAUUGCACAUAAAAUUAAUUUAAUGGUGUUGCCAUAAACUAAUAUUGUAAUAUGGAGCCAAUAAGACAGCUGUGAAUGUUUUGCUUUAAAAAAAGUUUAUAUUAAAGCCAUUUAAGUGUUUUAAGACUUGUGCUAGUGUUUGGAACCCCAGCUUACAUCCAGAAUACAGAUGCCUUUUAUCUGAUAUGUAGACAAUUGUAAGAAAUAUGGUGCUGGAUUUGCUGCUGCUUCUAUUGUUACAAACUUUUCUGCAAAUAAAGUCUUGUAUUUUAA